AAGCACAAGCCCUGGAUUGAAGCUGAGUAUCAGGGCAUCGUCAUGGAGAAUGACAACACAGUCCUGAUGAACCCCCCGCUCUUCGCACUGGACAAAGACGCUCCGCUGCGCUACGCAGGUGAAAUCUGUGGCUUCAGGAUCCAUGGGGCAGGGGUACCUUUUGAAGCUGUGAUCCUGGACAAAGCUACAGGUGAGGGGCUGAUCCGGGCCAAGGAACCUGUGGAUUGUGAGGCACACAAGGAGCACACAUUCACCAUUCAGGCUUAUGACUGUGGAGAGGGACCUGAUGGAGCAAAUACCAAGAAAUCGCACAAGGCCACAGUGCACGUUCGAGUAAAUGAUGUGAAUGAGUUUGCUCCUGUCUUUGUGGAAAAGUUGUAUCGUGUGGCAGUGACUGAGGGAAAGCUGUACGACCGCAUCUUGCGUGUGGAAGCCAUUGAUGGAGACUGCUCGCCACAAUACAGCCAGAUCUGCUACUAUGAGAUCCUGACCCCAAAUAUUCCCUUCCUGAUUGACAAUGAUGGGAACAUUGAGAACACAGAGAAGCUGCAGUACAGUGGAGAUCGUCUGUACAAAUUCACAGUGACAGCCUAUGACUGUGGAAAGAAGCGGGCUUCUGAUGAUGCUGAAGUGGAAAUCCAGGUGAAACCCACCUGCAAGCCCAGCUGGCAGGGCUGGAACAAGAGGAUUGAGUACACCCCGGGUACAGGCAGCCUCGCGCUCUUCCCCAGCAUUCACCUGGAGACCUGCGAUGAGCCCCUGUGGAACAUCCAGGCUACGGUGCAGCUGCAGACAAACCACGUGGCCAAGGGCUGUGACCGAGAUAACUACUCCGAGAAGUCCCUGCGCAAACUCUGUGGGGCAUUCCAAGGAGAGGUUGACCUGCUGCCGGUGCCUAGCCCCACGGCGAACUGGACCACGCGGCUCUCGGUGCACUACAGCCAGGACAGCAGCCUCAUCUACUGGUUCAACGGCAGCCAGGCUGCCCAGGUGCCUGUGGUGAACGGGCCGAAUGCUCAUCAGGGGCUGAGUGACCACUUCACCCUGUCUGUGUGGAUGAAGCACGCUGUGGUGCCUGGCAAAGGCCGGCGGGAAGAGGAGACGGUCAUCUGCAGUACAGUGCAGAGCGAGGACGGCUACUCCCAUUACUCUCUGUCUGUGCACGGCUGCCGGAUUGCUUUCCUCUACUGGCCCUUGCUGGAAAGUGCCAGGCCUGUGAAAUUCCUCUGGAAGCUUGAGCAGGUCUGCGAUGAUGAAUGGCACCAUUACGCCCUCAACCUGGAGUUCCCCACUGUCAUGCUCUACGUGGAUGGUGUCUCUUAUGACCCUGCCCUCAUCCAUGACAAUGGCCUCAUUCACCCCCCUCGGCAGGAACCCUCGCUCAUGAUUGGAGCCUGCUGGACUGAGGACAAAAGCAAAGAGAAAACCAAAGGAGAUGAAAACUCCACUGAUACCGUACAAGGAGAUCCUCUGUCAAUACACCACUACUUCCAUGGUUACUUGGCUGGCUUCACUGUACGCCCUGGUAGCUUGGAGAGCCGGGAGGUUAUUGAAUGCCUGUAUGCCUGCCGUGAGGGGCUUGAUUACAGUGACUUCGACAGUCUGGGCAAAGGGAUGAAGGUUCACGUGAACCCCUCUCAGUCCCUGCUCACCUUGGAGGGUGAUGAUGUGGAAACAUUCAACCAUGCCAUCCAGCACGUGGCCUACAUGAACUCGCUGCGCUUUGCCACUCCUGGAGUGCGGCCGCUCAGGCUCACCACUGCUGUUAAGUGUUUCAGUGAAGAGUCCUGUGUCUCCAUUCCUGAUGUGGAAGGUUAUGUUGUGGUGCUACAGCCUGAUGCCCCUCAGAUCCUAUUGAGUGGCAAUGCCCGCUUUGCUCAUCCUGCAUCAGACUUUGAGGCUCCUGAUGGGGUCCCCCUGUUCCCCAACCUCCAGAUCACCUGCUCUAUUUCUCACCAGGUGGAGGCCAAGAAGGAUGAGAACUGGCACGGCACUGUGACAGACACACGCAUGUCAGAUGAGAUUGUGCACAACCUGGAUGGCUGCGAGAUCUCACUGGUGGGAGAUGACCUGGACCCGGAGAGGGAGUAUCUGCUCCUGGAUGGGGCACUGCUGCAGCAGCAUGGCCUGGAGCUUGCCAACACCUCUGCCUACCUGACCAUCACCGGUGUGGAGAGCAUUGCAGUUUAUGAGGACAUAUUAAGGCAGGUCUCGUACCACAUCAACCACGGUGCUGCUCUUUAUGAGAGGAAGUUUCACCUGUCCUGCACUGAGAUGAAUGGACGCUACUCCAGCAAUGAGUUCACUGUUGAGGUGAACGUCCUCCACAACAUGAACCAAGCCGCUCAUCCUAACCAUAUUCUGGGUUCCCAGCAGUUCGUGCAUCAAGGCCAUCAUUUACCCCCAGAGCUAUCUGGCCACAGUUUGGCAAGCACCCAUAACAACCCAAUGGUGCCCAGUGCUGCCACUGUCAUCAUUGUCGUGUGUGUGGGCUUCCUGGCCCUCAUGGUGAUCCUGGGCCUCCUGCGCAUUCACUCCCUGCACCGUCGGGGAGCAGGGCAAGAAGCCCCCGGGGCUGUCGACGGGGGACACGCAACCACCCGAGGCAAAGACAGCAACAUGUUCUGGGAUGACUCGGCCCUCACCAUCAUUGUCAACCCCAUGGAGUCCUACCAGAGCUGCCAGGAGAGGGCCGCGGGGAGCGGCAGGGGCGGAGCUAGCGCGGCCACGGAGGAUGAAGAUGACAGCACCGACUCAGAGACAUCCGACUCCCCGGACAGCAACGACCUCGAGGACCAACACAUUGGCAGAAGCGAUGGCUCUCACCGCUACUAG